GCCCUUCGCCUCCAAAACAAAAACUCAAAAAUCCUCUGAAGAGCUUUGGCGACAAUUGGCAGUUGAUUCUUGAGAGCGCGACUUAGAAGUGCAUAUGGAUUUUGUUUGGUAUGGAAUGGAAUUAAUCACGCAAAAAGCAGAAGAAUCCAGGCAGGAUUACACGGAUUCCAAACUCAACAUUGUACAACCACGCAAAAAUGAGCAGGAAUCACACACAAACCGUUCGUUACGUUCUUUAUCAACUCCAAUUCAGCAUUUCUUUAUCCGCUUUGUCAACUCCAAUUCAGAAUUUCUUUAUCGGCUUUGUCAACUCCAAUUCAGCAUUUCUUUAUCCGCUUUGUCAACUCCAAUUCAGAAUUUCUUUAUCCGGAUUUACAUUUGCUGGAUUGGGUGUCUGUGGGUCCUCUUUUCGAGUGAAGUACAAUUUGGGUUCUUUAGUUCUAGGGUUUUCAGUCUUGAUUGAGGGGAGAACUCUGUUUGCUGAGAAUGAUGGCUUCUCCUGCUGCUGCUGCACCUCUUCCAUCACAAAAGGAGCUUGAGGAGAUGCUCAUUGAGUCUGGAAUUGAGCUCUCUACACCUCCUCCAUCCACUGGCGAGCUUCUCAGCCUCCUUGAAAAAGUUGAAUCAGAACUGAAGAGCAUAGGGCAAGACCCUUCAAUGUCGACGAGAAAUCUACUUGAGCCAAUUAAAAAAGCGUUGAUUGAAACGAAACUUCUGAGACAUUCUGAAAAAAUCAUUGAGGUUUCUGUUGCAUCUUGUAUCUGUGAAAUUAUGAGAAUAUCUGCACCCGUUCUACCCUAUGAUAAUACAGAAAUGGAGGUCGUUUUCCAUCAGAUUAUAGCAUCCCUUGAAAAGUUAUAUUUCAUUGAUAGUAACUACUAUAGUAAGGCUCUGAGAGUUCUUGAAGCGGUUGCGAAGUACAGGUUGUGUGUGAUGCUAUUGGAUUUUGACUAUGUGUUAGCUGUUAACGUUUUCCAACUGUUUCUCAAAAUCAUCAGCUUCAACCAUACCAAUGCUGUGUUAAGAUACAUGGUAGACAUUAUGUCUCAGCUCAUAGAAGAAAGAGAUGAAGUUUCACUAGAUUUUCAAGUUUCCAUUCUUGAUAGUCUCAGAAAGGAAACUCUGGCUACCGCACCUUGUUCAACGAUAUUGGGAAGCGAAGUCUUGGAAAAGUGUGCUGCCAAAUUGAAGCCUUGUCUUUUAGAAUUAAUGACAAAUAUGAACAUGAAUUUGGAUGAUUAUUCUAAAGUACUUGGCUCAAUAUUGCAUGAAGUUCCUGAGGGAGAAAACAUGGUGGAAAAUGCUGGUUCUGUACCACCUGUAGAAGGAACAUCUGCUCUUCAACUUCCUCAGGUACCACUACUGGAUGCCACUCAAACAAUGAAUAACAAUAACAAUAACCUAGAACUUGAUGGGUCAUUGAGGGCAUCUUUUGGGAUGAAUGAAAGCAAACGCUCUGAUGAAGAACCUACUAUCAAGAAGGAACAAGAGAAGAAAUCUUGGAGUUCAUUGGACAUUAAUGCAACUUCAAAUGUGUUAGCUUUGCCAGCUAUAACUGGAAAGGAGUCUGUGACUAAGCCUGAUGUGUUAGCCCCCAGCAGCACAAAAAGUCCUUGCAAAAGGGGCCAACGAAAGAAGAAUCAGACAGAUCUCACCGUGCAAAAGAGAUAUGAAGGGACUAGGUCUGCCCAGAGAAAACUUAAAGAAAAGGAUUCUAAAAAGCUUCAUACUAUUAAAGAUUACGGAAAAGAGUUGGUAGGGGCUAAAGUCAAAGUCUGGUGGCCCCGGGAUAGAAGGUUUUAUGAGGGGGUGAUUUCUUCUUUUAACCCUAAGACGGAAAAACACAAGGUCAUAUACACUGAUGAUGAUGUAGAAAUCUUGAAUCUCAGAUGUGAACGCUGGGAAUUGCUUGAAGAGGUUCCAGUCAAAGAAGGGCGUGUAACUGACUGACUUUGCUUUCUGAUGGAGUAAAGAGGAAGAGGAAGGGAGAUGAGGAC